GGUCAUGGAGGGUCAGGUUGCUGUACGCAUCAAGGCCAAGACCAAGAUCGCCUAUGGCGAGGAGCUACUCGUCUGUGGCUCUGUGCCACAGCUGGGCUCCUGGAAACUCAACGACGCCGCCUUGAUGCAGUGCCAGGGGGAAGUUUGGUCUCUGGCAACCCGCCUGCCUAGUGGUGUGCGAGUCGAGUUGAAGCUGGUGCAACGGCCACAAGGCGGACAGGUCCUGUGGCACGGGGCCGGGCCCGGUGGGAAUGCCAACCUGGUGUUGGAGACCAGUAUUGGCCGAGUGGGAGCCCAAGGCUCUCGUUUUGUGAGCAUUGAAGGCAUGCGGCAGCAGCUGGGGCUUGACUCGGCUUGA